AUGAAUUCUGCUCGGCGCGCUGCGUCGCAUGCGCUCCGGAAAUCUCGCAACCCCAGAUCCUAUACAAGCUUGCAACGAUGGAACUCUACCUUUGAGACAAGGCAAUGGUCGACGCCUCUCGCCCGCACAUUGGCUCAGGCCAUGAAGGUUACAGGUCCCAUUCCAAUCGCGGCAUUUAUGCGCCAGGUUUUGACUUCCCCGGAAGGCGGGUACUACACAUCGCGGCCUGAGACUGGUGCUGUUUUCGGAAAGCAUGGUGACUUUGUCACGUCUCCUGAAAUCUCGCAGGUCUUCGGCGAAUUGAUUGGCAUUUGGACAAUUGCAGAAUGGAUGUCGCAAGGCCGGAAAAGGAGCGGCGUUCAGCUGAUGGAGGUUGGACCUGGAAAGGGAACGUUGAUGGAUGAUAUGCUGCGGACAUUCCGGAACUUCAAGAGCUUUAGUUCGAGCGUCGAGGCCAUUUACCUGGUUGAGGCGAGUGCCACUCUAAGAAUGGUGCAGAAACAGCUUCUUUGUGGUGAAGCUGCCAUGGAGGAGACAGACAUUGGACACCGGAGCACUUGCAAAUACUUCGAUGUGCCCGUCAUCUGGGUGGAGGAUAUCCGUCUCCUGCCACAUGAGGAAGGUAAAACACCAUUCAUCUUUGCACACGAAUUUUUUGACGCACUCCCAAUUCAUGCCUUUGAGUCGGUUCCACCAUCUCCCGAGAACGAGCUCCCAGAACAAAAAGAGAUCAUGACUCCGACUGGUCCUCAGAAGCUUCACCAGCCUGUCAAGGUGAAGAAUACCCCUCAAUGGCGCGAGUUACUCGUCACUUUGAACCCAAAGGCCGUCGAAGAAAACAUCGAAGGGGAGCCCGAGUUCCAGUUAAGCAAGGCAAAGGCCUCCACCCCGUCAUCUCUCGUGAUUCCCGAAAUCUCUGAACGCUACCGCGCACUCAAGUCGCAACCUGGCUCAACCAUUGAAGUCAGUCCUGAAAGCAGAAUCUACGCUGCUGAUUUCGCUCGCCGUAUCGGUGGAGAUGCGGCUUCCAGCCCGUCAGCCACGAGGCAGAAUGGUGACCCUAGCGCGCCGCGGAAAAAGACCCCCUCCGGCGCAGCUCUGAUCAUGGACUACGGAAGCAUGUCGACUAUCCCUAUCAACUCAUUACGUGGAAUUCAGCAUCAUAAGAUCGUCCCCGCACUUUCGUUCCCUGGCCAGGUCGAUGUGAGUGCUGACGUUGAUUUUACUGCGUUGGCCGAAGCUGCGAUUGAGGGAAGCGAUGGCGUCGAGGUUCACGGUCCUAUUGAGCAAGGCGACUUCUUGAAUGCAAUGGGCAUUACAGAGCGCAUGGAGCAGCUCAUUCGCAAAGCUGGAGAUGAUGAGCAUAAGAAAAUUCUGGAGACUGGAUGGAAGCGCCUAGUGGGCAAGGAUAUUGCCUCGAUGGGUCAAAUCUACAAGGUCAUGACUAUUGUGCCAGAGAAUGAUGGAAAGAGACGGCCAGUUGGAUUUGGAGGAGGUCUUCAGAUGUAG